AUCGCCCGGGGAGGGACCCGGGCCGUGACAGUCCGUCGACGGUUUCGCGCUUGGGUUGUGAGCGCGGUUGCUCGUGCGGGAUCCGCUACCUCCGGUUUUUCCCGGACCCUAAAACGUUCACGUUGAAAAAAUGGCAGCAAUGGCAGCUGAUGUCCAGCAGAACGUGGUUUCCAGGGUUGCUAGUUUGCCUCUGGUGAGUUCCACCUACGAUAUGGUCUCUUCUGCUUAUAUCAGCACAAAAGAUAAUUAUCCCUAUUUGAAAUCUGUCUGUGAGAUGGCAGAGAAAGGAGUGAAGACUAUUACAGCAGUGGCCCUGACCAGCGCCCUGCCCAUCAUCCAAAAGCUGGAGCCGCAAAUUGCAGUUGCCAAUAGCUAUGCUUGUAUAGGAUUGGACAAAGUUGAAGAAAAACUGCCUAUACUGUAUCAACCAACUGGUAAGGUGGUUGCUAAUGCUGUGGAUGCAGUUGUUGGUGCAAGGGAUGUUGUAACAACCACUGUGACUGGUGCCAAGGAUACAGUUACGCACACCAUUAGUGAAGUUGUUGACAAGACAAAAGGAGUUGUUCUGGACAGCGUGGAGCUAACGAAAUAUGCAGUCCAUGGCAGCAUUAACACAGUUCUGCAUAGUCGGAUGGUGUGCCUGGUGACCACUGGGGUUGAUACUGCACUCAGCAAGUCUGAAACUCUGGUUGAUCAGUACUUUCCACAUACUGAAGAAGAGAUGGAGAAAGAAGCUACCAACAUGGAAGGAUUUGAAAUUGGAGAUGAGAAGCCAAGUUACUAUGUUAGACUAGGAUCGUUGUCUUCAAAAGUCCGAUCACGUGCCUAUCAACAGGCCCUAAAUGCAUUUAGGGAUGCUAAGCUCAGAAGCCAAGAGACAAUUUCUCAGCUCAAUUAUACUGUUAACCUGAUAGAAUAUGCCAGAAAGAAUAUGACUAAUGCUAAUCUGAAACUUCAAGAUGCCCAGCAGAAGUUAUAUAACUCCUGGACAGAAUGGAAGAAAAGCAUUAGCCAAAAUGGUGAGGCUACUUCACACAGUGCUGAGCACAUUGAAUCACGCACUCUAGCAAUUGCACAGAACCUGAGUCAGCAGCUUCAAGCUACCUGCUUCACCCUGGUGUCCAGGAUACAGGGUUUGCCACAGAAUGUUCAAGAUCAGGUUCACCAUGUUGGGGAAAUUGCAGGAGACGUGUACAGAAGCUUCCGGUCAGCCUCUUCUUUCACAGAAGUGUCUGACAACCUUCUUACCUCUAGUAAAGGGCAGUUGAAGAAAAUGAAAGAAUCGCUGGAUGAUGUGAUGGAUUAUCUUGUAAACAACACACCCCUCAACUGGCUGGUAGGUCCCUUUUACCCACAGUUGGCCGGCUCUCAGAAUGCUGAGCACAAAGGUGAAGGGGAGAAAAAGACCAGCCAGGAGGACAAACAGCCUGAACACACCACAGAAUAAAUUGCAGCAGACAGAUGUACACUCAGUGCCCUGACUAACCAGAUGGCUUAGCCAUUAGACCUACAAUGUAAGCUGUUGGGGAGAAUGAUGUGGCAGCAGAACUUAAUGUUGUCCUAUUUCCAUUAAAUUCUUCUCUGUCAAAGAGAACUGUCAUAAGGAAAGAGUGCUGCAUGUCUGAGUUGAGCUGUAUGUCCUUUGCUUAAAGGGACUGUGGGUGCCUUACAACUUCUAAACCUCAGCAGAUUACAUUGGAGACCGUACCUUGUUCAGCUAUCUAGCUAUGAAGCCCCAUCUUGCCUUGGAAACGGAUCCUUGAAAUGAAGUUAUUGCACUUCCAGUAUAUAUCAAAAAGCAAAGCAAAUGACUGAAUUAGAAAAUAACUUUGGAAAAAAUAUAGUAGGGUAAUCAGAAUAUCUUGCCCAGCUUUCUUUGAAAGCUGCAUGUUAUGCCCUUGCAUUCAUACUAUUGCUUAAAUGCAUAUUAAGCCACAUUAUUGUAGUACCAAAAGAGCACUCUGAUCAACUUCACUGCUCUGUUGGAUGAAGUUUAUGAUGAAUAUUUUCCAGAGUUCCUCACAUGCUGUGAACGUUUAUAUUAUUUAAAAUUCUAAGACUUUGUACACUCCACUUUAAAGUACCUUUGAGUAUUGUGCACUCAGUUCAAGAUUCAUGCUGUUUGUACACGGGUAUACAGCCUGUCCUCGGUAGCACUUUGUCUUGUAAUUCUCCAUGUAUGCUCUCAAGUAAUAAAUGCUUCAGCAGCCAAAGUCUGUCUCUUGAAUUGUGUAAGCAAAUGUGGUUACAAAUAUUCUAUACUCUCUGUUGUGAUUCAAUUAUUAUUGAGCUGGGUUGUCUUUUAAAACUGGGUAAAUUUAAACUACUGGUCCCUGAAUCGGCAUUUCAUGCUUUAUGUCUAAAAUAGAUGGGCUCAAUGUUGCUGCCGCAUUUGUUGCCUUCUGUGGCUCCCCGUCCAGCUUUACUAACUACCUGCUGCUGCUUAAGCUUUGCCAUUCCAGCUUUGUCCUGCUUGCUGUUGCUUGGCAGGGCUCUCAAAGGAGGGUUGUGGAGGGUUGUGACUUGGUGGUGAAUUGCCAUAAUUUUUUUUUUUUUUUUUAAGCCAUUGGGUUCCUGUUCAAACACCCUGUAGUCUUGACCAUCCAUCAGACUAACAAGUCGUCACUCUUAUAAUUGAGGAUUCGUGGAUAUGAAAAAUGCUUGUGCCAACCAAAAAUGUUUGUCAUUUGUUUUAUUGUUUGGCUGUAUUGCACUAGUAGUUUCCAAAACUCAGUGUGUUAAUAGUUUUGUCUAAACAUAGAAACAGCCUGCAGAAUGAGAGGUGCCGUGUAGAACUUAAUCCCUAAUGACUAAGACUCCAUCCAAGUUGAUAAAAUGGAAUAAAACAGCAAGGGAGCUGUUUCUAGGCCACAUUUUUAUUCAUCUGGAUUUUCAACAAGUCAUGAGCUAUUCUGUUAUUAAAUUUCCUUCCUAUGGAACUUUUGCACUCCUGAAAUUAUUAAAAAACGAAC